AUGGCGUUUAAGACGGCGUUACCCGCAUGGAACCUGCUCAAAGGAAAAACUGCCGCCGUUACCGGUGGUACGACUGGAAUUGGCCGGGCAGUCGUGCUAGCAUAUAUCACUCAAGGGUGCAAUGUCGCCGUGAAUCAUCUCGGCCUAUCCAAGGAUGAGAUAAAUCGUCAUAGUCUUCUAGAGGAGGCAAAAGCACUUGAGCGACAGGGCAUUGAGGCGGGCAGGAUUUUGGAACUUCCAGGCGACGUGACCAGCCCAGAGACCAGCACCGAUCUGAUUCAAGAGGCCGUGGCCCAAUGGGGCCAGCUUGAUAUUUUCGUCGCGAAUGCCGGUGUCUUCAAACAAGCAGGGUUCCUCAAAAUUCAGCCACAACUCCUCGACCACAGUCUAGACGUCAACAUCAAAGGCACAUUCUAUGGCUGCCAAGCUGCAGCGCGGCAGAUGGUGAAACAGGGACAUGGAGGGUCAAUCAUCGGAAUUUCCUCCAUCAGCGCUCUGCUAGGUGGCGGCUUCCAAACACAUUAUACACCCACUAAAGCAGCCAUUUUAUCUAUGAUGCAGUCUAUGGCAAUUGCACUUGGCAAAGAUCGGAUCCGAUGCAAUGCGCUGAUGCCUGGCACUAUCAGCACUCAGCUAGCUGAUCACGAUAUGAAAAAUCCGGCCAAGAAAGCUGCCCUGGAAGCGCGGAUUCCUCUCGGUCGCAUCGGUAAUCCGGAGGACAUGGCUGGUCCAGCGAUUUUCUUAGCGUGUGAGCCAAUGAGUCGUUAUGUGAAUGCUACGGGUAUUUUGGCGGACGGGGGCAUGUUUAGUAAUCUCCAAUAG